CUCCGCAGCUUCGGUCUCAUCGUCUUCCACUUUCCCCAUUCCUCUUCUUCUUGUAGUUCAAGCGGUUUCGUCGAACUCGUCCGCGGCGACGACACCACUCCCUCCUCCGCCGGGGUGCGCUUGCGCCAGGACUCCUCCGCCGGGGCGCGCUUGCGCCAGGAGCCUGCGGCGGCGAGGUGCUGCGCCAGGAGCGCAGGGUGCUGCUGCGAUGGCGAGGAAGAAGCGUAAAGCUGUUAUAGAUUUAGAAAGCUCUGAAGAAUGUGAUGCUGGGAAGUUUGAUGACUUGUAUGAUUCUGAAUCUGAUCUCCAUAUUGAUGUUGACAAUCUCAGUGAUCAUUCAUAUUCUCCUGAUGAUGAUAGUGUCAAACGUGCUGCUUAUAAACAACUUCUUAAGGAGUAUACUGAAAUUAAGCUUUUGACGAGGAAGUUGGCCUUGUCUCUCUCUAAAGAGGAAAAGAAGUCCCACUCAUUGAAAAGGCCAAAAGAUGCUUUUACAAGAUUCUCUGUUUCCAACCUUUCGUCAGUCAUUGAUUCUUUGACUCCUGAUCAAAAGAAGAUUAUUGAUGAUUUUGGAUUUGGUUCUCUACUUCAUUUUGAUAAGUGCUUUGUUCCAAAUAAGUUUGCUCAGUGGGUUGCUAGGCUUGUGAAUCAUAGAUCUGGUGAUAUUGUUAUUGAUGGCAAAGUUAUUUCUCUUACAAAGCAAUCAGUACAUCUAGUUCUUGGUCUCCCAAUUUCUGAUAAACCUUUUCCUGUCAAUCCUGCUACUGGUAAAGCUGUGGUUCUGUCUAAGUUUGGAAAGAAAUCUAUCCCAUCGGUUUCCUUCUUUGCGAACAAAUUCUUGGAUAAAGAACCUAUGUCAGAUGAAGAAGUCUUGAUUUGUUUCAUUCUGGUUGCUAUGCAUAGUUUUCUGUGUGCUAAUUCAUCAGUGACACCUAGUUAUAAGUAUUUUGGUAUAUUUGAAGAUCUUCAUAAUGCCAAACAGUAUGAUUGGUGUGGGUAUAUCUUGGAUUGGUUGCUUGAUUGCUCUUGUUUGUCUCAAUACGAGCUCCAUAAAGCAGCACAAUGUUCCCCAUGCAAUGAUAAUUCUCAUAUUGGACAGCUACACUCUUCUCCUUCCACUGCAGCAAAUCGAUCUGUUCAUGAUAUGCGAAUUGUUACUCCCUUGCCCGUUCCUAACUUGAGUCGAUCUGCCUCUAAAUCAUGUAACCCUAAUUUGACUUCAGCUUCUGUUGAUAGAGUCAUGGCAAAUUUAAUGAAGAAAACUCCUGUUGUUGAAACCUCUCCUAAAUUUGAUUCUGCGCCUUCCAGUUCUACACAAAGCAUUCCUCAUGAUAUCAAGACUCCCUCCAAAUUUAUUGUUCCUCCCUCUGGUUAUCCCCCAGAUCAUCCUGUGUCUCGGUCUUUGAACAAGAAAUACUGUCAUUCGAAUUCUAAACCUCUUGACUCUGAUGAACUUAAUGUUAAGACUCCACUUUCUGAUUCUAAUAAUCAUGUUGAGAAGUCUGUUUCAUUUGGUGUGCAAGCUCCUGCUUCAAAUGAUAUUAUAAUGCUUGAUGCUGAGAAUAGAUGUGUUCCGGAUUCUGUUUCACCAUCUCCCAGGCCUUCUUUAUCCCGUUUAGCUUCUCUUAAGAAGAAAAGUGGCAAAGAAAAUGUGCCCCCCGAUUCAGCUAAUAUGGAUCAAGUUAUAAUGCAAACAUUGGACUUCACUCCUCAUAGCUCUGAUAGAAUUGAUUCCAGGCUGCCUAAACCUAGAUCAGUUCUUAAAUCCCAAGCUUGGCACUCAAAGUCCUGUUCUCAGAAGAGGUCUUCUCCUGAUGUUCAAAUUCUUGGUGAACCAUCUCUAGCAGAGAAUGUGCUGAAUAUGUCCAGAAAAGCAGAACAAUUGUAUAAUUCUAAUUUACAAGUGUCUGUUAAAACUCCUAAUCCAGUGACUGUUGUUGGAAUUUGUGCUUCUGCUCAUCAUUUUGAUUUUACCUCUCAAUCUCAACCAUUCAAGAUCAGAGAUUCAUCUACUGGUGGGAAACAGCCAUUGCAUGGUCCCAGACGUUUAGCAUUUCCUGGUCCUGUUCUUCGUGGUGAUUUUGUUACUAACAAUAAGAGGUUUGCUGUUACUAAAUCUGAAAUUCAAAACUACAAAGUUAUUUGUAAGCUUGCUUCGUCCAAGUUUCAAAGUGAGGAUGCUGUGAAUCUGUUUGGUGUUCGCUGUACCUUUUGGUGUCUUGGUGAAUCACUAAAACCUGGUGGGCAAGUCAAGAGUUUUAUUGUCUCUGCAUUCUGCUUUAGUUUGUUCCAAAAACCAAAUGGUCAUCCUGAUACAUCAAAGAGACACUAUUUUUUCCCCAACAUUGGUGAGAAUUUGUUAAAAGAUAUUGAUGAUGCUGAUCAAGAUAUUUUGGGGCGUGCUUUUAUAAAGUCAUCUAAAGCAAGACCCUUGAAGCAUUCUAAUUUGCUCGUUUUUCCUACAUGCUUUGAAGAUCAUUGGUUUGUUUUUAUCGUUGAUAUUAAGGAUAAGAAAUAUGUCAUGCUUGACUCUUAUUAUAAGGAAACUGAUGAAUUUCAAGAAAUCGUUCGUGAAAGAAUGAGAGAUUCUUUUGAGCAUCAUUGGAAAAAAUUUCUUGGUUUCGAGAUGGGAUUUGAUGACUAUGAUUUCAUGUAUUCAGUAGUACCCGAGCAACCUCUUGAUAACAACUCUGAUUCUGGUAUAUAUGCUAUGAUGUUUAUUGAGCACUAGACAUCCCCACGCAGUUUGCUUACAUCUGUUUUCACGUCUGAGGACAUUCCCAACAUCAGAAUAAAGAUUGCAAAUGAUUUGGUAUUUCAACCUAAGAAUACAGGCAUGAAACAUCGUGUUACUCAUUUUAAUGCUGAGGAUGCUUAAUUGAUGCCCCAAAUUUUGAUGCUCAUCUGUUAAAGAUCUAAACUCAUACCCAUUCUGAAGAUAGAAAUCUCAAUUACAACCAGUAGCUAUCAUAUACUCUCUGCUGUAAUAGGAUAGAAAUAGUACUUUGCUUAGUCUAUUACAUAUGCUGUAAUAUGAUAUAAAUAGUACUCUGCUGAGUCUAUUACAUAAUGUUCUUAAA